AUGAAGAGCGAGUCGGCCGUCGAGUUGCGUAAGAUCUUCCAUAGCAUAAAAGCCACGGUCAGCUCAUUAGACAGUAUCGGUCGGGCGAUUAGCCGCAGCGAGGAUCUAUUCGUCUAUCUCGCUGUCGAACUCUUAGAUCCGCAAUCGCGUCGCGAGUGGGAAAAUUCCAUAAGUGCCGCGAGCGAGCCUCCGUCGUAUGUAUUGCUCGAACAAUUCCUCGAUCGCCGGUUACAUACGUUGGAGUCGAUGCUCCCCGUAAAAGCCGAUGGUGCCGCGAACAAGGCGAGCGACGGAACGCAGAAAUCGACGCGGAAUCACCUCGCUCGAAAGCAGGAUGGCAAGGGUGAAGCAAAGCGUGGCCGUUGCUCUCUCUGCCAGAAAGAGCACAUACUCAUGUUCUGCGACGACUACAAGAGAAAGACGGCCGUCGAGCGGAAGCAAUACGUCGACGAUAACGGGUUGUGCGUGAAUUGCCUCGGGAAGCACAAAUUAGAUGACUGCGCCGGGAAGAAAAACUGUUACGCGUGUGGGGCGCGCCAUCAUUCGUCUCUCCACGACGCGUGUCGCGAGCUCGGGGUCGCGAAGACGUCGCACGUAGCAACGGAUUCGCCCGUCAAGUCUGUGGCGGUGCUUCUUGCCACCGCUCGCGUCCGCGUAGCCGAUCGCCACGGUGCCUGGCACACCGCGCGAGCCUUGAUAGACCAAGGCUCGGAAUCGUCGAUGAUUUCGGAGCGACUCGCGCAACAAUUGAGACUGCCUCGCGUUCCGGUCGCGGUGAACGUCUUCGGAAUCGGCGGGUUGCAAUCGGGAGUAGCCCGAGGUCGAGUUGCGAUGACGCUGUCCUCGCGGAGCGAAGGACGGGCGUUUACCGUGUCCGCUCUCGUGUUCCCGCGGCUCACCGUGUAUGCCGGUGGCAUCGAAGCCGGAGCGGCUACUUGGCCGCACCUUCGCGGACUAGAAUUAGCGGAUCCAGAAUUUUGCUCUUCAGAUCCGAUCGAUGUACUCCUCGGCGCCGACAUUUACGCGUCGAUACUCCGUGCGGGGCUCCGGAGGGGAGGACCUCGCGAACCGGUCGCCCAGAACACGACGUUGGGGUGGAUCCUCUCGGGAGUGAUCGCUGAUUCCGUUUCCGGACACGUCGCGUACACUCACCAAUGCCGGAUCGAGGAAGAUCUGGUGAGCGUGGUGCGCCGGUUUUGGGAGCAGGAGGAAGUUCCGUCGAGCGCGGUGACUCUCUCGAAGGAGGAAGCUGAGUACGAGGAACAUUUCGUCCGGACGCAUUCGCGACGGCCCGAUGGACGCUAUGUAGUGCGCCUUCCUCUCAUCUCGCCGUUGCCGGACCUCUCCGAAACGCGUCGCGUAGCAGAGCAAGUGCUUCAAAGCAUGGAGAGUCGGUUCGCGCGGGAUGCCGACCUCCAGGCCGCGUACGUGGAUUUCAUGAAGCAGUAUGCCGAGCUGGGGCAUAUGGUGCCAGUCCGCGGCGACGACUUGAUUAGCGCUCGCGUAUGUUACUUGCCGCAUCACGGCGUUCUGCGGGAGACGAGCUCUACGACCAAGCUGAGAGUAGUCUUCAAUGGCUCAGCUACAGUCCCGUCCGGGGACUCAUUGAAUCAGCGCCUGAUGGUCGGACCCAACCUGCUGCCUGCGCUGACGGACGUUCUUCUACGAUGGCGCCGCCAUCGAUUCGUCUUCGCCACGGACAUCGAGAAGAUGUACCGGCAGAUUGACGUCCAUCGGGAGGAUGUGGACUUGCAGCGGAUUCUCUGGCGGUUCGAUCCACGAGAGCCUAUACUAGAGUAUUGGCUCACCACUGUUACGUACGGCCUGGCCUGCUCUCCACACCAAGCAAUUCGUACGAUGCACCAGCUUGCCAAGGAUGAGAAGCAUCGAUUUCCGGAGGGAGCAAGCGUCCUGGAGGAGGACACCUACAUGGACGACGUGAUCUCCGGAGCGAAAACGCUGGCUGCCGCUUUAGAGAAACGGAGACAGUUGGAGCGGAUCUGCAUGGCGGGCGGCUUCCCGCUGAAAAAGUGGUCCGCCAAUGACGAGACUCUCCUGGAGGACGUGCCGGUGGAGGAUCGUUUACUGAAGGAGCCUCGAGGAUGGCAGCCGGGUGAGAGCCAUCUGACCUUGGGCCUGCGGUGGCAUCCACACGACGAUCAAUUCUCGUAUACGACCCAGCUGAUCCGGACAGAAACGUUCACAAAACGAACGGUCCUCUCGCUAACAGCAAGACUAUUCGACCCACUGGGGUGGCUCGCCCCGGCCACGGUGCGCGCGAAGAUCCUUUUCCAGUCCACGUGGUUGCUGGGGAUUGAGUGGGACGAGCCGCUCCCGGAAAAAGAUGUGCAAAACUGGAGAGCAUUCCAGUCUGAUCUGCCCUCCCUGGAAGCCAUCCGCGUUCCGCGCUGGCUGACGAGCGGAGACGAGGGCUGCCGGCUGGAGCUCCAUGGCUUUGCUGACGCCUCGGAGCGAGCCUAUGCCGCCGUCAUCUAUUUGCGAGUCGAGAGAGGAGACGGAGAAGUGGAAGUGAGGCUGCUCGAGGCAAAAACGAAGGUUGCACCGCUGAAACAGGUGACCUUGCCGCGCUUGGAGCUGAGCGCCGCGACCUUGCUUGUGCGACUAAUGGCUCACGUUCAGCGAGUCCUCGAAACGAGGAAUGUCCCCUCGCAUCUGUGGUCGGACGCCAAGGUUGUGCUGGGCUGGAUCCGCGGACAUCCAUCGGCCUGGAAAACCUAUGUAGCCAAUAGGGUAAGCGAAAUCCAAACGACGCUGCCUGACGCAAUCUGGCACCACGUUCCCGGGCAAGAGAACCCCGCCGAUUGCGCUUCGCGCGGCAUAUCCUCAGCAGAGCUGGUAAACCACCCGCUCUGGUGGCGCGGCCCAUCAUGGCUAAGGACCGAAUCCGGCCCGUGGACCGCCCUUCCGGAAACCGAGCUUCCUGCUAGCCUGCCGGAUCGGCGAACGGCUGUGCACGCAACGGCCACGCCCACGGAGAAGAUCGACGAGCCCUCAGAGUUGACGGGAUGUUCCUCCCUGACAUGA